AAUGAGACCGCGGUCGCGAUGUCGGGAGCGGAGCGCGUGGUGCUGGUGCUGGGAGGAGCCGGGGUCGUGGGAUCCGGGGCCGUGCGCGCCCUGCUCGAGCGAGGUUUCCGUGUGGCUGUCAUCUCGCGAGAUGAGGCGCGGCUGGGGAAGCUCGCUGAGGACGUCCCGGAGAGCAGCAAACCCAGACUCGUGUCGCUCGUAGGGAAUGUGGGCUCGGAGCGCGGAGCCGAAAAGGCUCGCACCGCGCUGCUGGCGGCCGCUCCCGUCAUCACGGACAUCGUCUCGUGUCUCGGCUUCAGCUGGUGGCAGGGGGGGUCCCUCCUCGACCAGGACCUGGUUGAGCUGCAGCGGGUUUUCCAAGACCUCCUUUUCAGCACCUUCACCGCGUGGAAAGUCUUCUUUCCCCUCGUCAGGGCGAACCCGAGUGGCUCCUACACCUUCGUGACAGGCGGCGCGGGAGACCGACUCCUCACGGCCGGCACCGGCUUCCUGACGGUGGGAGCCGCUUCGGUGCUCGCGUUCAGCAAAGUGGUGCGCGAAGAGUACAGCGACGCGGCCUGCGCCAUCAACGAGGUGAAGAUCAACAUGGGUGUGGUGCCGCCGGGGCGCGUGUGCCCGGGCUACGUGGACCACCGCGCCAUGGGCCACGCGCUCGCCGCCGUGGUGGCCACGCACGGGGGCACCGGCCGCUUCGUGUGCGUCAGCUCCACCGAAGACGUAGAGGCCGUGCAGGCCACUGGCGGUGCCACCGCUACCACCGGCUCCACAUGAGCCAAGGCCAGCUGCUCGUCCUCAUAGGCCCGUGGCGAGCCCUCCCCAUAAGUUCCAUCCGUUCCUCCAGCCCUAGCAAGCCAAACCAAUAGAGCCACUUAAUUAUAGAUUAGAGAUAUAAUCGUGUCCUUUAUUUACCCAGGAAAGCCUCGGUCUCAAAACAAGUAGGAACAGUUCUUGAGAUAUCUUGCUUGGUGUGGGAGGAGUCUGGAGUAUCUGGAGAAACCCCACCACGUAUAUUAGGGCAAAUAUACUUUUAACUCCGCAUACAUUAAAUCCCUUGUUGUAUUGCCAUCUCCCGGCCACGUUGCAACCCCACAUCUACAAGCCAUGAUAUUCCCAGGCAGUCCUCACCUCGUUUUCUGACAAGGCUCGACCCUUGCUUAGCUUCUGAGAUCCGCAGAUAUUGGGUGCAUUCAGUCACACGGGUUCCAGUCUUCGCAACAUCCAUCUUGUCAUAAUUCCCGUGCAUGUUUUUAUAUCUAGUGGAAAUGCGUGCGUGUAUUCACCUGAUACACUCACCCCAAUUAUGCGAUUUCCUGUUUUGAGUUUGGAGACAUGGUCACAUCAGUUUUUAACUAGAUACUUAGUGAGAAAACCUCCGUUCAUAAAUGAACGCAGAAUUAAAUCAAGACGAGGAGUUUACUCUUGAAGGGGAGACCAGGUUUUGGCGAUUGAGGAGGUGGGAAGUGGGCGAUGGUGAGAGGCAGUAGAGAAGGCCCGGGUGCUAGUCCCAAAUAUACCCAUCUCCAUGACUGCGUUUCCACAACUCCAGCCAUCAAGCUCCACCAUUGUUCUUUCGCAAUUCAUAAUUCAUAAGCUUUCUCCAUUAAAAUACAAAUUGAGUCUACACGCGCGUGAUAAUUUGAAUUUACGUCCGAUGCGACGCACGCUGCCGAAUGAACUCGCAUGCAUGUGUGUGUACAAAUGGUACGCCCAGACACAGAGUACCAGUUAAAAUUAUGUGUACAUGUCCCAUUGUGAUGUAGGGUAUGCACACUGAAACUGUGUGUCCCACAUGGUGUUGGCCACACACUCCAUCGUGUGCCAUUGCCGUCUUUUAUAGGUGCUCGCUAACAGCACUUUCCUCAACAGUCUGCUGAAGACUAUAUAUGGGGGAUGUUUUUAUUUGUGUUUCCCACAUGACCCCACAUGGCAGAGAGCACAGCAGUAAAUUAAAUUAACAUGGGACGACCACUGAAGAGCUCGAACCAAUGAGUGGAGAAGGAUGGAGCGUCUGCUUCAAAUCUGUGACAAGUGGAGGUAUUGGGCUGUCUCGGCGUGUCAGUUGUGUCAGUGAUAUAGGACGAACUAAAGGACCGAGCGUCUCAAGCCGUAUUACAUGUUAACCAAUAAUUAGGACGCGUGCAAGGCGCAUAGAUUACAAAAAUGUGUUUGAUCGAAGACUGCUAAAAUACCCAAAAUUUACGUAGCGAUACGCGCGUUGUGGUUGGGUGGAAGUGAGAGGGCUUUGGAGCUUUUGGAAAUCGUGGAGUGGAACCGCGGGUGGGGAAGAUGAGACACAAGGCACGUGCGUUCGGUCCCGUGGCAAUGGGGGCAAGGAGCGCCCAGCCCCGCCCCGUCCAGCUCCCACCACCUGAUUGGCUCAGGGCAAUGACGUCACAUCGCUCUAUGAUUAAGACCGGAAGC